AUGGCCGUCUCUAAUGCACGUGCUCUAAGUCAAAAUCAGCUACAGUUUAGUCUCUCGUCGCGUCCCCGUCGUGAUGUUGACAGACUGGCGUUCACGUUCAGAAAACCGGCGCCGGUUGUUAUCGAGAGACUCUCCGCUCGUCAGACGGAGACUCGGAAACGCGACGUCGUCGUCAGCGACGACUUCACUGCGAUAUCACGAGGUCGUCUGGAAGAGGCACUCUUUCUAGCGAGACGAGACUUACAAAGUGGUCGGAAUCGGAAUGGAAUGAGGGAAUGUCACGAUUAUCAAAUGGCUGACAGAGAGACAGAGCGUGCAAAACAGCGUAGAGAGAAGUCACGAGGGACAGCGAGUGUUGGAGCAUGCGACAGUGCAGAGAGCGUCACUCGAGCUGUGAGGAGAGAGCACACGCGCAAGGAAGCUGUAGGGCACACAGCAGAGAAGACAAGGGGAAGGACAAUGACUGAUGUCACCGCCUGGGAAAACGCAACGUUAACCGCUGGUAGUCGGGCCAGAGGCAGUAGGAGAACGACCGGCUCUACAGGCCAGGCACUGAGUGAAGAUGAAAAACAAGCUGUUGAAAUAUUUAGACUGAGGAAGCAACUACAGGAAGAGUUGAUCAAGUUGAAGACUGUGGGAGCUGCUAAGCUUUCCAAACAGUCAGGACGACGACACGCGUCGGCUUCCAAGUCGAGGCGAAUGAUUUUCGACGAGGAAACAGAUGCGGUUGACUUGCGAGCGGCCGUGAAGGCCGAGGAGCAAGCAGCACGUUCGGCCAGAAUGUUGUACGUGUUGCAGCGGCAAGUACACGAGAUGCAGGAUGAACUCGAGCGACGUUCGUCUCAACCGUGGAAAGUGUCGCACACUAAGAAGAGCAGGUCGUUGUUUCAACUGGCCGCCGCUCACCGGGCAGCUGUUCGAGCCAUUCAAACGUUUGUUCAGGCUGGAGAGAAACACAGUUAUACGUCAUUGACCGGAAUGCAUCAAGAGCUCGCUUUCCUGAUUCGUCAGUUAUCACAGUGUUGCAGUCAGAUGAACGUCGGUGGUUCAGAUGUCGUGAACGAAAUGGAAGAUAUGCUGAGACAUAUCAGUACUGGUGAGUGUCAAAAGAGAGACAAAGACUCGGAUAAGAGAAUAGAUAGUCUGAGAAUAUCUGAGAGCAGACGUGACGAUUGGAAUAGCGGAGGUUAUAGCGACCGUAGCACUCAGCAAUCAACUGCUAAUGAAUCAAAACGUCAGCCGGCUGCUGGACAAUGUUUACAGGCUGUGGAGAGGAAUGGAGGUGUGAAGGCAGGAAUGGAUAUCACAAGAAGGACGAAGCGGCACCGACGUCAUUUCCAUCUGCACCCUAAACACACCAGAUCAGAGGAUAGAAGAGUCAUGUUGCCAUUGCAGCCAAAGCAAGUGUUGGUCUCACACCCCUGGGUUGUGUCCGGUCAGUUUGCCGAUCACACUGUAGCGUCUAGAAUGAAGAGGAAAGUACAGGGAACGGGUAAAGAGAUUCGACAAACGAAGGCACAAAAGAAGAAGGGAAAGAGGGUGAGAAGAGGUCUGGACCCGGUGGAGAUUGAUGAAAAUAAGGAAGAUCAAAGUGAGUCCAGAGAUGAAACGAGGGCGUUGAAAGAGAAGCUUCAGGAGAUGAUGGAGAGAGAGGCGGCAAGACAAAGCUGGCUGGACGGAGAGACUUUGAAACAGGUGGCGGAGAUAAAUGAGUUGAGAAGAGACGAGCGAAGGAGACUGGAUGAGCUUAGAAAUGAGAUGGAACGUAAACGGACUGUUGAACUGGUAGUGGAUCAUGCAGAUAGACUUCCGAGUGCUCAGCGGACAAUGGUGACUGUUGGUCAUGCGACGAAAGGCAGGGAAGAGACCCUCUUGUCGAAGUUGUCUACAAAAGCAGUAGAAACAGCACUGAGCAAUGCUGAUAUUCUCACAGAGACAAUUCUUGAUGACCUGCUGUUGGAAACGGCACACGAGUUGAGCAGAAUCGAUAGUUUGGCAGAAUUGGACGUCGCAGCAGAGAAUCUUACUGCUCUACCCACCGUGGAAGGACUGAAACAGAGAAUAGAUGCAUUUGAGCUAACAGAGAGAGACAUCAGGAGGCGUUGGUUGAAUGUUAAAUUUGAGGACGAACAUCACCACCCACACAGACCCAACUCUGAGUCAAGAGUUUUAGCAGACAGCACGAUUGCUGCUGCAGAACGCGUUUCUGAUGGCUUGCCUCAACAAGAAGUCCGGUUGACUGCCUUCCAUUCAAAUCGGCAACUUCCGCGUCUUCAGAACGAAACCUCACAUCUUUACGACAUAAACAUCGAUGAUGCAGUAUUGGAGAGCAUCGGUUUACAACAACAAGAUUACAGCAGACAUCUCAGACAAACAGCCACUUAUCCAAGUGGAAAUUUCAACCCCUGGGAGCUUGCGGAGAGAAUUAGCGAAGAGCUUCUUGAUAAGUGCUUGUCGGAUAUUGCGACAGAAGUUGGUAGUGUCUGUGACAAUUGUGUCGAAGAACAAAUUUACUCGAGAGAGUUUAUGCAAGCACAAUGAUAUGAAGGCCACCUCCACAUGUUUAGUAUGGAUGUAGAGAUGUAUAGCGUGUAUUUAUUGUUAAUGGUAUCUUUUCUUAUGGAAGUUGUUGUUUGCAGUGUACUGCUGUGAUUCUCGAGGAGAAUUUUGUCCUGAAAUCACAAUUUUGUGUCUCACUGAACAAGCAUGUUUUCUCAAUUAGAAAUGAACUGAAGGCAAUGGGUUGACUGUUCUGGUUUUGUUCGUGUAAACAGGAUGACAGGAUGACCAGGAAAUGGUAGUUCUACAUACUCAGU